CGAAAGUGGAUAAUAUCUGCGUCGCGUCUCCUUUUUUCCGUCCGGGGGGGAAGAAAGGGAGAAAGUGAAAAAGGGGAGGUCACGAGAGAGCUCUCGCCAUCGCCUCUAACCCCCCGAUCGGAAACCCUAGCCCUAAAACGAUCGAGGAAAAGGAGAUAAAAAGCGGGUGGAAUCGAAGGGAUCUGAGGUCGAGAUCGAAGCGGAGCGGGGCGAAGGGGCUCACGAGGUCUCGCUGCGAUCGCCGUGGGGGCACGUCUCUUUCCUCCACCAAACCCUACCCCUUCCCACCGCUUCUUCGUGAUCCCACCAACGGUCGGAUCGCCUCGAGGGGUCGUCGCGGCGCCACGUUGCGCGCCCCCGCGCCUCGAUUUCUCCGGUAGGGCGUGGGAGCGCGGCGGAGGAGGAGAGGGGUUUUUUGAUGUGAGAGAAGGGUCGGAGGAGAGAGAGAGAGAGAGAGUGAGAAAGAGGGAGAGGGAGAAGGAGAGGAGAGGGUGAUGGCGAUGGAUCGGGCGGCGGUAACGGUGGGGCCGGGGAUGGACAUGCCGAUUAUGCACGAUAGCGACCGGUACGAGCUGGUGAAGGAUAUCGGGGCGGGGAACUUCGGGAUUGCGAGGUUGAUGAGGGACAAGCAAACCAAGGAGCUCGUCGCGGUCAAGUAUAUCGAGAGAGGCGAGAAGAUUGAUGAAAACGUGCAGCGUGAGAUAAUUAACCACAGAUCUUUAAGGCAUUCGAAUAUUAUUAGGUUCAAAGAGGUUAUUCUAACUCCCACACAUCUUGCUAUCGUCAUGGAAUAUGCUUCUAGCGGUGAGCUCUUUGAGCGCAUAUGUAACGCUGGCCGCUUCAGCGAGGAUGAGGCUCGCUUCUUCUUCCAACAACUUAUAUCAGGAGUUAGCUAUUGUCACUCGAUGCAAGUAUGUCACCGUGAUUUGAAGCUGGAGAACACAUUGUUGGAUGGAAGUGAUGCUCCUCGUCUAAAGAUAUGUGAUUUUGGCUAUUCCAAGUCAUCCGUUCUUCAUUCACAACCAAAGUCAACUGUUGGAACUCCUGCAUACAUCGCACCUGAAGUUCUACUGAAGAAGGAAUAUGAUGGCAAGAUUGCUGAUGUGUGGUCCUGUGGAGUUACACUUUAUGUGAUGUUAGUGGGUGCAUAUCCUUUUGAAGAUCCAGAAGAGCCUAAAAACUUCCGGAAGACAAUUCAGCGUAUAUUAGCAGUUCAAUAUUCAAUUCCAGACUAUGUUCACAUAUCCCCCGAGUGCCGGCACCUAAUCCAAAGGAUUUUCGUAGCCAACCCUGCUAUGAGGAUAACAAUUCCCGAGAUCAAAAACCAUGAGUGGUUCUUGAAGAACCUCCCCGCUGGUCUGAUGGACGAUAACGCAAUGAGCAGCCAGUACGAGGAGCCCGACCAGCCCAUGCAGAGCAUUGACGAGAUCAUGCAGAUCCUGGCGGAAGCCACCGUUCCAGCUGCCGGCACUCGCGGCAUAAACCAGUACUUGACGGACGGUCUCGAUAUUGAUGAUGAUGACAUGGAAGAUCUCGACUCCGACCCCGAACUCGAUGUCGACAGCAGUGGAGAAGUCGUAUACGCCAUGUAAAACUAUGUGGAGAACUAUGCGGAGAAGCUGCAGGUGGUUACCCGUGGCUUCUAUUUAAAGCUGAUUUCGUGGGGGAGGAUUCGAUCGGGUUUGAAUCCACCCCUAAAGUCAUAAAAGGAUCUGUAAUUUAUGGUUAGCGGCUGCUUCGCUCUGCAUUGUGUGCGCUUGCAGGGUUGGAGAAUCUCUAUGUUCUGUUUCUUUGUUUACGACCUGUUUGUUGUUUGUUAUCUAUGAAGAUAUUUAACAAUCUUCACUCAAAACUUCUAUGCGAACUUUGUGAAGAUGUUAUUACAGUAAUCAUGUGCUCCCCAUAUAUGUAGCCUAGUGGUCUGUUAGUCUC